CAUUAUAAUGUCAUGUCAUGUCGUGCAAUUGUCAAUGUCAUAUGAGUCUGCGACCUGUGCUGUCUGCGCACAAUGAUCAUUUUCUAAAUAUCUGCUCAAGCCAAAAUCGACAAAUCUGACUGUUCGUUCGACGUUUGAUCUUUGGUGUUUUCUAAAACAAAAAUCACACCAAACGAAGAAGUAACUAUCCAGAGGGAGCCUCUUCUAUUAAAAUAUUUAUUACAACAACCAUUCAAACAUUUUGAUACAGAAUGAGCACAUUACAGAAGAUUUUUCGUUAAUUUGUUGGAAAUAAAGUACAUUUCGUAAAGAUUUUAUAAAGUCUCAACAUGAAUCAAAGCAUAGAUGUGGUUGAUUUAAUUUCUACUUUAUUGGAUAACGAGAAGUAUAAGGAAGCACUUAAUGUUCCAAAUGAAGAGAGAUUAGCAGACAGCUUUAAGGAUAAUUGCUGGGAUUUAAUACCUAUUAUCCUUGGUAAAAUUCAAGAUGAUACCAUUACUAUAAAGCCAUCAUUAUAUGGUGCCUGUGAACAGUUGCUAACAAUUGUAAUUGAUAAAUCUGCUCCUGAAGAAGCUUUAUUAGAAUUUAUUGAGCAGAUUGAACUUGCUAAAAAUGAUGCACAGUUUGGUCUCAUUCUGCCACCUCUUCAAGAUCUUUUGAAGAAGUUAUCUUUAAAGAGAGGCAGAUCUUUGGAAUGGUGUUUGAACUCUAUUAGUUCUUACAUUGAAAAUAUUCCUGUACCUGACCAUAACUUGGAAGGCAAGGAAAGAUUAUUAAUGGAUUCUGACCCUAACAUCAGAAGAAUCAUAAGAGUAUACUCUCUGUUGCCAUCAUUUUAUAGGUAUUUUAUUGAAGAAAUAUCAGCAGCAGAUUCUAAAAUCAACACAAAAGAAAUAAUUACAGCAUUUUUAAUAAGCCUUCUUGGAAAGCCAUUAAUUUACAUCGAUUUGGAUCCUGAAAAAAAUGCAAAUAGUGAGGCAAGAUUAAUCUGCUCACACAUUGUCCAAGACAUUUGUGCUAUGGAGAAGAAUGUUCUAAAAUUCUUAGUUUACUUAGAGAUUUGCCACAGAGAAAACAACAAAAAGAAAAAUACAAAAGAUGAUGUUGAUCAGGAAAAAUCACCAUAUGAACACAGAGAAAAGAUCAAUAUGACUACUCUAUCAGGAUUGUUUUAUGCUGUUUUAUCAGGUCAUUUUGAAGUACCUGAAACUGCAUUACCACAAGUUUACAGUUUAGAAUAUAUUUUGCAUACUGCAAUGCUUUCUGUAGUCCACUUGUUAAAUUUUGCUGAAUACAGUGUUAUAGCCAAAGCAUUAGCUCUAAGUGAAGUAAUCUUAAACCGCUUUCCAAACCAACUUUCACAAGAGUUUCUAUCAUCGUCAGUGCAUUUUGAUAUGUGUAAGGGAUUAACAAAUGUAGCAAUAUACUCCAGUUUUGAACCUUUACGUAAACAUGCAGUAGCAUUGAUUGGACGCCAUGUAAAUAAAUUUGAUUAUAAGGGAAGGUGUGCACUUGUGAAGUAUUUGCUUGAGAUAUCUAAUCAUUCAGGCAUGAUUGGUUAUGCAAUAACAUUGUACAAAAGCUCUAUAAAUGAAGCAUUUCAGGAUCCCAGAUUGGAUGACUGCUUCACUGGUCCUUUACUUUCAAAUAUGAUUAAGAAAAUAUGCUUCCUUCCACAUGGUGCUGAGUCAGACCUGGUUGAGCUAGCUGAUCAAAUUAUAACGUCAUUAAAUUUCCUGAGAUAUUUAACCAUAAAAGAUACAUCUAACUUGACUGGUAUUCGAGAAUGUUUUUCAUUUAUAGAGUCUAAUUAUUUGGAACAACUCCGUGUAGGAUUGAACAUGUCAAAAGCUCAUUAUGAAGUUAAACUUAAAGAUAUUGAAGAAGGGAAAAGCAUACCAGAAGAAAAGCUUAAUAUUUCACUUAAUGUAGGAGGAAAUGUGUUAGAUAAUAUACCUAAGGAAAACAUGAAGGAAAUCAUAUAUUCUGCUUUGAAUGCUUUUCAUCUGAUUGAAGGCCUCAUUGCACGUCUUUCUGAGUGUAUAAAUAUAAGUAAAGUGCAAGCAUUAAAAAUGAAUUGUGACUAAUAUGAAAGUACUACUCCACUAAUCUCUUUUUUAUAAAUAAAUCAUUAUUUUAGGCUUUUA